AUGGCUUCGGGCCCCGGGAAAGCUAUCCAGACUCCCGGGCCGGGCUCUGCCGUGAAUGGGAAUGCGGCAGAGUUCCAGGACGCCGAGCAGGAUCCGUGCGACUUCCAGAUGCACAACAAGAUGUGCAAGAAAAUCGCUCAGCUCACCAAGGUGAUUUAUUCCCUCAACAUGAAGAAUGAGGAACAGGAGGCGGCCCUGCAGGCCUUGAACCACGCCCAUGACAAGGAGCUGCACCGCAUCCUGAUGGAGACCUGUCAAGAAGGGGAGGGCUCGGUGCUGAGGACGCGACUCCUCCAGCUGCAGGAGUCAUUGGAUGAGCAGCAGAGGGUCGGAGCGCAAGUACAAGCCGACUUUGAGUUCUUCCGCAUGCAGUCGGAGGAGAGGGAGCGUGAAACUGAAGCUGAACUAAGGCGAGAUUUUGAGGAGAGGCUCCAGGCUGCAGAGGAGGAUCUCCAAGAGGCCAGAUCCCAGAUCAGCACGGCUCAGCAGGAAAACCUGCGAUUGAGCAAAGAACUGGAAGAGGCCGAGGAGAUGGUCAAAGAUCUGAGUGACAAACGUGAGCUGAGGCAAAGAGUUAGUGGGGACGAGAAGAAUGAGACAGAGGAGAAGGUUGAAGACGAGGGAGAAGAGGCAGAGCAGGAAUCGGAGAGAGUAAAAUUACUUUUGGAGGAGGUGAAUAUAAUGAAGGAAGAAAGAGAUCAAAGCGAGGAGGAGAGACGGCAAGAAAGGGAGCAAUGGGAGCAAAAGACGAAACUACUUGAAGAGGAGAAAGAAGAAAUGAGGAAGAAGAUAGAGGAGCAGCGCAGGUGGGAGGAAAAAGAGGAAGAAGAGAAGAAAGGAAUGCACAGUGCUUUAAGAGAGCGAGUGAAGAGAGCUGAAGCCGAGGUGGAGAGCCAUCUGGAAAGGCAGGCGGAGAGCAAACGGAACACAGUCAAACUUCAGGAGCGCAUACAGAACCUGGAGGAAGAGUUGGAGCUGGAUCGAAAACGAGUGUCCGAGGCUGAAGGCACGGUCAAACGGGCAGAGGAGGAGCUUGCUGUGGCCAAAGAGAGGCUACUCCUGCAAGAAGAUGAACUGCAGAGUCGAGCAGAGGAGUUGCUGAACGUAGGCUGCAAAGUGUGUGCGUGUGCUGAUGUGGAGGAUCUGAAGAGCCAGCUGAGUCGCCUACAGAGCAGGAACAGAGAGUUGGAGCUCCAGACUAGCGGCAGGAACAACGACCAUGCACGGCAGAUCCGCCAGCACGCGGAGGCCCUCUCCAGCCUUCGUUCCGAGAUGGUGAGAGCUCAGACAGAAGAGCUGCGUCGCAUUCAAAAACAUGCAGAUGAAGAGCGAGAUAAACUGCAGAGGGAGAUGGAGAAGGAGCGAGAGAAUGUACAGAGGGAAAGAGAGCAAGAAAAGAGCCAUUUGGAGAAGGAGAGAAACCGGAUGCGACGAGAGCGAGACGAGGAGAAGGAGGUGCUGCGAAAGGAGACAGAGGGAAUCAGAGAGCAUGCAAACAGGGAAAAGGAUGAAGAGGUGGAGCGUCUCCGCAAAGAGCUGGAGGUCGAGAGGGUCCGUGUCCGUGCCCAGUUAGACAAGCGCUUCGAGCAGGUGGAAGCCCAGAGAGCGGGCCUGCAGCAGAAGCUGGAGGAGGAGAAGAAAAGGCUGGUGGAGAAGGCCGAGGAGGACAGGAGGCGGCUGAAGGAGCAGGUGCGGAAGGCAAUUGAGGAGGUGAUGAGGAGACAUGCAGCUGAAUUACACUGCGUCCAAGAAGCUCUGAGCUCAGAGAAGAAGACCAACCAAGAGGUAUGUGCUCAUCUAGAAGAGGAGAGGCGAAGAAAUGGCGAACUUCUUGAUAAAUUCGAUAGGGAAAGACAAGAACUAGAGCUAAAACUCAAAGAUGCUGACAAUGAGAUCUUUCGUCUGAAGACGUCCGUACAUCAUGAAGAAGAGAAAGAAAAAGCAGCAUCAGAAACAUCACCCCCAUGCGGACCACACUGCUCCCGCCUGCAAGAGGAACUGCAGCUGACCCAAAGCCGUCUGACUCGGAUGCAGGACGAGGCGGAAAAGCAGCGGGAAAGACAACAGCGAGACAUCGCUUCCCUCAAGGCAGACAAACACCGGUUAGAGGAGAAGGUUCUGGAACAGAGUCGGCUGAACGCGGAAAGGAACCUUUUGGAUCAGAGCCAACGCAACACUGAGGAACGCAUCAGAGCUGAGUGUGAAGAUCGCCUCAGGGCAGAAUUCCGGAUCGAGAUGAACGCUGCAGUCGCCGAGAGCGAGCAAAGGUGGCAGAACCAGGAGCAGGAGUUUCAUACCCAGAUUUCGGAGCUUCAGAGUCAGCUAGAUGAGCUGCAGGCCGAGACAAAGAAGGGGGCAUCAGAAGAUGAAUCCCACGGCAACCUUGAGAUUAACAAACUGAGAAAGGAGGUGCAGGAGACCAAGGAGAUUAACAUGAAGCUGAGGGAGCUGCUGGAGGAACCACAAAGCCAGAGUUUAGCCGAGGAAAGACAUGGCCACGCUGUGCAGCUGCAAGCCUUGGAAAGACAAGCCAAAGAAGAUGUGCUGUCAGAGAGGAAUCGUCUACAGACCAUGCAUCACCUGGAGUUAGACAAGCAGCGUGCAGAGUUGACCCAGCAGCACACAGAGUGGAGUAGACAGAUGACCCAGAGACACAUGCAGCAGAUUGAAGACCUUCAGGCCCAAUUGCAAGCGCACACACAGAUGAUGGCACUGCAGCAGGACCUGAAGCAGCAGAACCAGAACCAGGUGUUUGAGCGGCAGCUGGAUGAGAGUCGCUGUGCCAUGCUGGAGUUGCAGAGAGAAAAUGCCACACUUAAGAAGCAAUUACAGGAAAAGGGUAUUUCCAGCCAUCUCUCUCCUCACAGGUCCAUCCAGGUGAACCCCAAAACAGAAGCGAGAGAUGGCGACGAGAGCGCAAAUUUGCAAAAGAGUAGAGAUGCGCAUCUGGAGGAUGAAGCACAACGUUUAAAGGAGGAAGUGGAGAAACUGAGAGUAGAGAUGGAAAAGCUGGAAGAGUCACAGAAAAUUUGGGAGGAGAGGAAGGAAGAUGACGACAAGGAAGAAGGGCAGCAGCAGGAAAAGAAGCCAGAGAAGGGAGAAGUGGAGGAGAGUAGGAAAAAAGAAUUGGAGGAAAUCAGGAAGGAACACAAGAAGGAGAUUCAGAAUUUGGUGUCUGACUACAGCAGUGCUCAGAUGCAGUUGCAGGCUCGCAUUGUAGCCCUUGAGAACGAGAUAGCUGUAUUCGGCCAUGGUUGCUCCAGGUUGCGUGAACGGGAGGAGCGAUGCAGGAGAAGAGAACCACGAUGUGACGACCUCCAGCUGGGCAAACUUCAGGAAAGACUAACAGAACGAGACCAGCUCAUUAAACGGCUAGUGGAAGAACGGCAUCAGCUGCAGCUACACCCCCCUGUUGUCAGGGACAACAGCGGCCUCCGGCUCCGCGAAAACAAACCCCGCCCCGGGAGCACCACGCCAACCAUGAGGAAGAAGCAUUUGGAAUCGUCUCCUCGUGGAAGCACCAUCUCCUGCUCCGGUGCUUACGACCGCCUCCCUGCCUUCUCAUCCUCGUCUUCCUCGUCCUUUUCUUCUACUUUGCCUCACCAGUCCACCUCUCACCCUCACACGUCUCCCCACUACUCCACUUCGUCUCUUCCGCACAAGCACACCUCCCUGUCCCUCAGCCAAAAUUCCCCCCCACCCCUGCCUCGUUCCCCCAGAUCCCGGACCUCCUGCAUCCCCCCUACGCCGGCGCCCACCGCCCCGUUGCCUGUCUGUCCCUCGGCGCAGACAGGCAUCCGCUACGUGUCGCCGUCAUGCCAGGAGCCAUACGCGUACCUACAGGCGCAAUCAAUCAGGGGGUCUUAUAUGGAGCACAGAGGCACUGAGGGCCAAAAUCAAGAAUGGUUCACCAAAUACUUCUCCUUCUGA